UAUAAGGAGAAAUCGUUGUCUUCCUGGUAUUUAGGUUGAGGACUAGCCCAGGGAGUGCUUCUAAUACCAUACUAUGGUAAUCAAAGCUGAUGAAUCACCUUUUUUUUUUCCUUUCUUUUUGACAACCUUACUGCAAUGUCAUGAGUAUAAUGAUAUUGUGCUAGACAGAAACGGACAAGAAAAUAGCUGAUUCCACAUAUCCAGGAAAAAAAUUGCGCUUUAUGCGGGGAAAUAGUGAAGAGUCUUUUUUUGGCCACUAAUUUAUCACAGAUGUUUGGUCAACAAAAGUUUUGAAAUCUGAAUGCAGUAAGUGGAGCCACCUAAUGAUGAAAUGAAAAGGAGAAUAUGACGGAAGAGAACUGAAUUCUGGUGUAUGAGCUGCCCAGAUUAUGGAGGAGAGAUGCUUCGGGUACUCAUGAAGCUCCUGAGGAAGAGAGAUCUGGUGACCGGUGCAUGAUCCAACAGUGGAUUCGUGCAAAGGAAGGUGAAUCCUUCUUUUGCACGAAUGAUACAACCCCUAUCCAUGAGCGCUGGCCUAAGUGGAGACAGGCAGAGCCACCCGUUUACCAAACGAAGAAGACUGUACAGGAAGCAAAUAUGAUACAAGGGAGCAAGAAAAGAUGGCUGCAGCAAAUGAAAAAUUAAAAUCCAGAGCUAAUAGCCUCCUAAGUCAAACAAUCUCCUCAGACUACUUGGCGAAGCUUCAGAGCUCUCCCAUAUCACGAUCAUCCGGUCUACCUGACCCAAAGAAGAGCAGCUUUGAAUUCGUAUAAUACGACGAUGAAAUCCUUCUCUGAUCACAGUCGGUGGACGAUAUGGGAGGUUCAAUGGGAAGGAAAAGAAGCAACUUUCCAGUUUUUUUUCCAUCUCUUUUCACUGCUCCGGUCUUCUACUACUCCUUUUCUCUUACCGGAUUACAUUUCCAUGCAAAAAGAUCGAAUCCUGGCGAAUGGGCUUGGAGAAUGCGGAAAUGCCAGCUGCCGCCGUCGCCCUGGGCGUUGGAGGGUGGCAGGCAGGCGCUCGACCUAGAAGCGGCGGUCAAGAACGCGAUCUCCGCAUGCAGCAAAAUUCUCGUCCUGCGGCCAGUUCGCUUCCACUUAUUAAACCAGGACAUGGCGAAUCGCCUUCGCCUCGCCGUCCACAGAGCCCGAACUCCUGCAUCAUCCCCUUUCCGAAGACCUCUGUCUUCCGUUCCCACGAACCCCGAAGAAGGAAAAGACACCGGACGAGCAGAAAACGGCGACAGCAGCGGUGGUGGAGGACCAGAGAAUCUCGUGAAGAAGCUCCGAGCGCUCAUCCGCCGCGGCCGCUUCGAGUCCGCCCUACCCCUCGCCAAAACCCUAAUCCUCUCCCACAAAGAGGUAUUCCCUUCCCCAUUCCACCUCUUCCAAGCCCUUUCCCCCUCCCCCUUCGUCGCAAGCCUCCUUGUGGCGGCCUGCGCCGACCUCAAACUCCCCGACGCCGCCAUUGACCUCCCCUCCGCCCUCCCCGAGGGCCGGCGACGGUUCCCCUCCCUCUACUACGGCAAGCUACUGCUCGAAGCCAUAGUCUCCGCUCGAAGGUACUCAGAUGCCUGGCAUCUCUUCUCCUUGAUCGUUUCCUGCGGAAUUCCCGACACCCCGGCCUACAACAAAGCCAUCCAAUCUGCAGUAAAAUCCGGCGAUACUGAUGGAGCCCUGGAGCUGUUGGACCGGAUGAAGCGAAUUGAUCGAAGAAAGCCCGACGCUUUCACGUACAAUGUUCUUAUCUCUGGUUUGUGGAGGGAGCGGCGAGCAGGAGAUGCCCAGAAGCUGUUUGAUGAAAUGGUGGAGAGGGAAAUCUCGCCGACUAUUGUCACAUAUAACAUGAUGUCUGACGGGUAUUGUAAAGCUGGAGACUUGGAUUCUGCUUUUGGAAUGCGGGACAGGAUACGGGCCUCUGGUUUGAAGCCGAACCUCGUCACGUACAAUUCACUGCUUUCUGGGCUCUGUCGUGCUCGCCGCAUGGAUGAGACCGAACGGUUGUUGGAAGAGAUGGAGGCCGAUGGGCUUGUGCCUGAUGGAUUCACGUACAGUAUUUUAUUUGAUGGGCAUUCAAGAUGUGGGAAUGUGGAGCCAUCGCUUGCAUUGUUUGAUGAAUCGAUGAAAAAGGGUGUGCAGAUUGAAGCCUACACGUGCAGUAUUUUGUUGGAUGGGCUUUGCAAGGACGGGAAGGUUUUGAAGGCCGAAGAGGUCUUGGAGAAGCUGACAGAAAAGGGUUUCGUUCCAACAAGUGUGAUUUAUACUACAAUGGUCGAUGGCUACUGCCGAGUUGGGGAUUUGGAGGGGGCCUUCUCUGCCCCGAGACGGAUGGAGUCACUUGGGUUGAAGUCUGACUUCAUCACUUACAGUUCACUGAUAAAUGGACUCUGCAAAUUAGGGAGGAUGGCCGAGGCAGAGGAGAUGGUGGAGAAGGGAGUGUUCCCAACUGUAGGGAUCUACAAUUCUCUCAUCGAUGCCUAUGGACGAGCUGGCCAAUUUGAAAGGUGCUGAAUUAUUAAGGAGAUGCAAGAGAAGAUGGGGAUCAAACCAAAUGUUGUGUCCUAUGGUUCUCUGUUGAAUGGCUUGUGUAAGAAGCACAAAAUUGCGGAUGCGGAAGCCCUCUUCCAAGACUUGGUAGCCGGAGAUAUUCAACCCAAUCUGCAAAUCUACAAUAUGCUCAUUGAUGCAAAUGGUAGAGUGGGCAACUUCCAACGUGCCAACGAAUUGAUUGGGGACAUGAAGAGGAGAGGGAUUUCUCCAAGUAUUGUAACUUAUAAUUCUCUAAUAAAAGGCCUCUGUUGUGAAGGAUUCCUAUCUGAAGCUGAAGACCAGGCAUUGCAAUUAAGAGAUGAAGGUCUGAGCCCUGAUGUGAUAACAUACGGUACUCUAAUCUCCGUAUAUUGCAAAGUUAGCAACAUGAAGAAGGCAAUUGAAAUCUAUGAAGAAAUGGAGAAGUUAGGCCUCAAACCCACCUUAGCUACAUAUCAUGCAUUAAUAAGUCAUUUGGGAAAGGAUGGAAGAAUGUAUGAAGUUGAUUCUUUAUAUCAGAAGAUGUUGCACAACAAUCUGGCACCCGAUAGGGGUGUGUACAGUGUACUGAUUAAUUCAUACGCAAAAUAUGGAGAUCAAAGAAAAGCACUUGCUUUGCGGCAAGAGAUGGAAGAGAGGGGGCUGUCACUUUCUGAAAUGACUUGCACAAGUUCCGUGAUUGACGUGUACAGAGGAUCAGAUAUAAGAAGUAAUUGUUGUGUGCCUGGUACUUUAGUUAAGGACUACCUCCAAGCAGUCUUCUAAUGCCAUCCUAUGGUAAUCCAAGCUGAUGAGUCACUGUUCUUUUUAAGAAUCUUCUUGCAAUUUCGGGAAUAGAAUGAUAUAACGCUUGACAGAAAUGGACAAAAAAUUGCUGAUUCCACAUAUCCAGGAAAAAGUAUGCUUUGUGCAGAGAAAUGGUGAAGAUCUUCCUUUUUUGGCCUCUUAUUUAUCACAGAUGUUUAGUCAACAACAGUUUUGAACGCUGAAUGCUGCAAGUGGAGCCACCUAAUGAUGAAAUGAGAGGGAGAAUGUGACGGAAGAUAGGUGAAUUAUGGUGUAUGAGCUGCCAGAUUAUGUAGGAGAGAUAUGCUUCGACUACUCAUGAAUCUCCGGAGGAACACAUACGAGUCUGCAAUUUAUAUUUUCCAAGAAUUGAUUUGUUUUUUAUUUUAUUUUACAUGUGAUAGACCUCUUCUAGAUACAUGUUAUAUUUCUUUCCCGUUCUUUCCCGUGCGGUUGUUUGAGAUGUUAUGCAGGAGUGGUCGCAUUUGUCAGAUUCUGAUUUCUGAAGUUAUGCACAAAAAUAACACAUUUCUUCUGGUA